UUCGGGCAGCAGUGCGCGGGGUGGCGGGCGGGAGACCUGCCAGGCUGACAGAGAGGCCGGCCCUAGUGGGGGCCGCUCCGCCGCCGCCGCCGCUGUGAUGCGGCGCCGGUGCUGCGCCGGGCGGCGGAGUCAGAGCCUGGGCGCGGGAGCACGAGCUGCAACAUCAGCACCGGCGGCGGCACCUGCACCAGCUCCCGGGCCCCGCGCUGCGCUCUCCGACCCGCCGCGCCCGGGGCCGCCGCCCCGUGCUCUCUAUGGAUGUCAAGGCGGCCCCCAACGGGGUGGCCACCAUCGAGGACCGGAUCCUGCGGAUCACCGGCUACUAUGGCUAUUACCCGGGUUACUCCAGUCAGAAAAGUACCUCCAGAUCAUCAGUUACUCGAUGUAAACCGGGAGCCAACUGCCCCAGUUCACACAGUAGCAUCAGCAGACAACUGUCCCCUCUGUCUGUCACCGAAGAUUCUUCUGCUCCUAUUCUUGAACUUCAGAGUCGAGGAUCCUCUGGAGUUUGUGGACACAGAGCCGAGAGGCAGAACAGAUCAGGGGAUGAUGGAACACAGACUCAUCCUGAGGAUAGCAGCCAGGGAAACAGAAUCAAGGCUCGCUGCCUAUCCUGUACGUCUCUGGUUCUGAAGGCCAUCUGGGGACUUUUGAUCAUCCUGUCAGUGUCAUCAUCUUGGGUUGGAACCACACAGAUUGUAAAAAUUACUUAUAAGAACUUCUACUGUCCAUUUUUCAUGACUUGGUUUUCAACAAACUGGAACAUUAUGUUUUUCCCAGUCUAUUACUCUGGUCAUCUGGCCACUGCUCAAGAAAAGCAAUCUCCAAUGAAAAAAUUCAGGGAAUGCAGUCGAAUUUUUGGUGAAGAUGGUCUGACAUUGAAGCUCUUUCUUAAAAGAACUGCUCCCUUUUCUAUUCUAUGGACUUUGACUAAUUACCUGUAUUUACUGGCUUUAAAGAAGCUGACAGCCACAGAUGUCUCUGCUCUGUUCUGUUGUAACAAAGCCUUUGUCUUCUUGCUGUCGUGGAUCGUGCUGAAAGACAGGUUCAUGGGAGUGAGGAUAGUUGCCGCAAUAAUGGCAAUCACUGGCAUCGUCAUGAUGGCGUAUGCAGAUAAUUUCCACGCUGAUUCCAUCGUAGGAGUAGCAUUUGCAGUGGGCUCGGCCUCGACAUCUGCACUGUAUAAGGUUUUGUUUAAGAUGUUUCUCGGAAGUGCCAACUUUGGUGAAGCAGCACACUUUGUCUCCACAUUGGGUUUCUUCAACUUAAUCUUCAUCUCCUUCACCCCGGUCAUCCUGUAUCUCACCAAGGUGGAGCACUGGUCCUCGUUUGCAGCUCUGCCGUGGGGCUGUCUCUGCGGGAUGGCAGGGCUCUGGCUGGCCUUCAACAUCCUGGUGAAUGUUGGUGUGGUGCUGACAUACCCAAUCCUCAUCUCCAUCGGAACAGUGCUCAGCGUUCCUGGAAAUGCAGCUGUGGAUCUCCUGAAGCAGGAGGUGAUAUUCAAUGUCGUCCGCCUGGCUGCUACCAUCGUCAUCUGCAUUGGGUUCCUGCUGAUGCUGUUGCCGGAGGAGUGGGAUGAAAUUACCCUGAGAUUCAUCAACAGCCUGAAGGAAAAGAAGAGUGAGGAGCAUGUGGAUGACAUCACUGAUCCCAGUGUCCACCUGAGAAGCAGAAACAGGGCCAUUGGGACUGUGUCCAUACCACUGGCUUAGAGGAACACAUUUUGAACGCACGUGUAUGUAUAUUCUGUGAAUAUAAUAAAAUUUUCUCACCACCUGUACACUCAAACGACAGUAUUAACUCUGAAUUUGCAUAAGUCAUAUGUGAAAUGAUGCUAACAAUAAAAGUUUACAUUUAUAUGCUUAUCAAGGAACUGGUGUAAAUAAUCAUAAUAAAUUUUUUUAUUAAAACAUAUUCAUACUUGU